AUGAUUUUUCUAAUGGACCUCCAGAUGAUGCUGCUGGAUGUGAUUUACUUCAUCUUGCGUAACUCUGUGCGGGUCUUCCUUCGCCCACGCACCAAGCCUGUUGAUGGUGAGCUGGUGCUGAUCACUGGUGCAGGAGGAGGCCUGGGUCGUCUCUUCGCUCAGGAAUUCACCAAGCAUGGGGCAGAGGUGGUGCUGUGGGACAUCAACAGCAGCUCCAAUGAGCAGACAGCCAAGCUGGUGCAUGAGAUGGGGGGCAAGGCGCACACCUACACGGUGGAUGUGACCAAUAGGGAGAAUGUGUACCGCAACGCAGAGCUCGUGAGGAAGGACCUGGGCCGAGAUGUUACGAUACUGGUGAACAACGCCGGAGUGGUGGCAGGGGAGCGCAUGUUAGACUGUCCCGAUGAACUGAUUGAGAAGACCAUGAAAGUCAACUGUCACGCCCUCUUCUGGACAGCGAAAGCCUUCCUCCCCCAGAUGAAGGCCCAGAAUCACGGUCACAUCGUGACCAUCGCCAGCGUCCUCGGCCUCUUCAGCACAGCUUGCGUUGAGGAUUACUGUGCCAGUAAGUUUGCUGCAGUGGGUUUUCAUGAGUCUCUGGCCCAUGAGCUUCUGGCAGAGGAGAUUGAAGGAGUGAAGACUACACUUGUUUGUCCCUAUAUUGUGGAAACAGGCAUGUUUGAAGGCUGCAAGAUACGGGAGGAGGUGGAACUGCUGCUCCCCCCUCUGGAGCCCCAGUACUGCGUUGAGCAGGCAAUGAACGCCAUCUUGAUAGACCAACCACUGGUGUGCAUCCCUCGCCUCACCUACCUCCCCUUCCUCUCUAGAGCGUUGUUGCCGUGGGAAUCCAAUGUUGUUGUGUAUCGUUUCAUGGGCUCCGACAAGUGCAUGUACCCCUUCAUCGAUACCAAGAAACAGGCGUCUAAUGGCUGCAUUAAGGUUGCAUAG